CGAGCCCGCCCCGGCCCCGCCUCCGGCCCCGCCGCCGCCGCUUUUCCGGCCGUCGCAAAACGGGGCGUAAAAACCAAGCGCCGCCCGGUGCGGGGACACGGAGGAUCUUAUGGUUCUCCAGCACAGCUCCUGCCUGCCAAACCUCACGUCCUAGGCCAGCCGACCCAUGAGCGGGCACCGCAGCAGCAGGAGGAGAUGUGGGGAGGCCCAGGCCGAGGCCCCCGCGGGCUGUGGGCACGGCCCCGGGGCUGGGUGUGUGCUCAGCAAGCUGGUGCAGCUGCCCACGCCCCCCCUGAGCAAGCACCAGCUCAAACGGCUCGAGGAGCACAAGUACCAGAGCGCAGGCAGGUCCCUGCUGGAGCCCCUCAUGCAGGGCUACUGGGAAUGGCUGGUGGGCAGGGUGCCCGCCUGGAUCGCCCCCAACCUCAUCACCAUCGUCGGACUGUGCAUUAACAUCCUCACCACCCUGCUGCUGGUGUGGUACUGCCCCACAGCCACAGAGCAGGCACCUCCCUGGGCAUACAUUGCUUGUGCUUGUGGCCUUUUCAUCUACCAGUCCCUGGAUGCCAUAGAUGGAAAACAAGCCAGGAGGACAAACAGCAGCACUCCCCUGGGAGAGCUCUUUGAUCAUGGCUGUGAUUCCCUGUCCACAGUCUUUGUGGUUUUGGGAACUUGUAUUGCUGUGCAGCUGGGCACCAACCCUGACUGGAUGUUCUUUUGUUGUUUUGCUGGGACAUUCAUGUUUUACUGCGCUCACUGGCAGACCUACGUCUCGGGCACGCUGCGCUUUGGGAUAAUUGAUGUGACUGAAGUGCAAAUCUUCAUAAUAAUCAUGCAUUUGCUGGCAGUGAUUGGAGGACCUCCUUUUUGGCAAUCUCUGAUUCCAAUCCUGAAUAUCCAGGUGAAAAUAUUCCCAGCUCUCUGUACUGUGGCAGGAACCAUCUUCUCCUGCACCAACUACUUUGGUGUGAUCUUCACAGGGGGAGUUGGCAAAAAUGGCUCCACCAUAGCAGGCACCAGCGUGCUGUCCCCGUUCCUGCACAUCGGAGCCGUGCUCGCCCUGGCCGUGAUGAUCUACAAGAAAUCGGCUGUGCAGCUCUUCGAGAGACACCCCUGCCUCUACAUCCUCACCUUCGGCUGCGUCUCCGCCAAGAUCACCAACAAGCUGGUGGUUGCUCACAUGACCAAGAGUGAGAUGCACCUGUACGACACAGCUUUCCUGGGCCCCGCUCUGCUCUUCCUGGACCAGUAUUUCAACAGCUUCAUCGACGAGUACCUCGUGCUCUGGAUCGCCCUGGUGCUGUCCCUGCUGGACCUGCUCCGCUACUGCGUCAGCGUCUGCUCCCAGAUCGCCGCCCACCUGCACAUCCACGUGUUCCGCAUCCAGGGCCGCCCCUCCCACUCCAACCACCACUAGGGAACCGGGAGUCGCCAGGAAAACCGGGAAAGGGUUGCUCUGCUGCGUGGCCGGGUGACGGAGGAGAGCGGAGGCGCGACGAGACCCAAGUAAUUAACAAUCGCGAUCACUUUGUCUGACUCUGGCUCUGGGACCGGUGACACUCCCCGACAGUCUCCUGCCUCGGGAGAGCCCAUUCCAGAGGCAGCUCCGCAGUCAGCCCUGUCGGUUCCGGGCCUGGGAACAGCACGCAGGGAUAACGCUCUGUCUUUGUGAUUCCCUUGAUUCCAAAUUAACUCUCUGGCGAACGGAUCCCCACGAGUCUCUAACGUAGUGUCAGUGCAGCCAGAUCUGCUUUGGGUUCUAAUCUCUCAUCAUCUCCUAGUGAAAUACUCCCGUAGUUCCACUCAGAUUGAUUUUACUAAAGACCUGAGCUGGUUAAACACACAAACACCCCGAGGUAUCUCACUGCCUUGCCUUGGAGCCCGGGCUGGGCUGGUUUUUCUUUUUUUUUUUUUUUCCGCUUGUGCAUUUGGAAAAACGAACAAACAAACAGAGAAAAAAGCGGGGUUUUUUGUGCUGGAAAGAAAAAAAGGACGUGUUGAACAGGGUUCUGCUGGCAAAGGGGUGCCCGGCAUGCAAAAUAGUGUGGUAUCUUUGUCUCAAUUAAUUUUAUUUUUUUAAAUAAACGUUAUCUAAAAAAAAAGAAAACUUUAUUUCGAAGCGAUUUUCUUCGGUGGAAAAAGACUAUAAAGAAGGAAGAAAGAAAGAAAAUUUUACUGUUUACUUUUUUAUGUAUAAAAACUUAAGGCAAAAUUUCCUUUCUGCUCUUAAUAAAGAAGAAUUCUGAGGGCAA